UUACCCGGUUCUCCGAACGUCUGCCCCAUCAGUCCGCUUCUCUCCGGCGAAGUCACUCACUGACCAUGGCGGCAACACCCAACGCCCAAGGCCAAUGCCCUCCCGCCGCCGCCGCGGCUCACCGGGACGAUCUCUUUUCCUCAUUGAUCUCCGACAUCAAGACCUACUCCGGCAAGGAUCUUCUCCUCCCUUGGCUCCGAGGAAUCAAGACGAUGAAGGAGUGUCUGCCUGCUCAUCUUCUGAAGGAGAAGCUCCCACGUUUCCUGCAGAAAUGUACCCGGACGUUCGAAUCCAAUCAGCGCUACAAGAACGACCUCCGAUACCUCCGCGUUUGGCUGGAGCUGAUGGAUUAUGUGGAUGAACCAAAGCUACUUCUGAAAGCAAUGGAGACAAACCACAUAGGGACCAAGCGAUCUCUCUUCUAUCAGGCAUAUGCUCUUUAUUAUGAGAAGGCUAAGAAGUAUGAAGAGGCUGAGAAGAUGUAUCAUAUGGGAGUGCAAAACCUUGCAGAACCAAUUGAUGACUUAAAGAAGUCCUAUCAACAGUUCCUUCAUCGGAUGGAAAGACACAAGGAUAAGAAAAGCCAGCCGCAUGAGAGGAAGUUCGGGAAGAAGCCUCUUUCUCGGCUCAAUCCCCAUCAAAACAAGGAAAACACAAGCAGAGCUGAGAUCGAAUCUAAAGAGGCACAUAGAAAGGAUUACCCAAACCAAGUACUGACUGAGAACAAGAAGGCAGAAGCUACGAAGAUUCUCAAAGAGAAGCCGAAGAAUGUAAAGCCAUUGACAGAAGAUAAUGGAAAAUUAGAAGGUGGUGAUGAUACAGUUGUGGCGACAUUUGUGGAUACUGCCAUAGUAGGAAAACCCCAAGCAGAAGAUGCUCGACACCAUGGACUAGUGGAACCAACAGUAAACAUGAAGGAGGCCAUUAACGCCAUCAACAGCAUGUUCAGUGAGCCCAUGGAAAUUCUUCCACUGAAAGGAAAGGGAACAAAUUGUAACCGACAAAAAGAAUAUCAGAGUUCUAACAGUGGAUCCACAGUGUUCAUUGAUGAAGAUUCAGAUGAGAAAGAUGAACUUAUCCAGCCCCGACAGAGGCCACUCGAAAUUUACAUGGACAACAAAGAAAAUUGGGUGGGCAGAGAUGAAGGAGAUAGCUUGGAAAAUUCUGUCUCCUCUGCCUUUGUGUUUCCUUGGCCGAAGGAUCUUCCUCCAGAAGGUUCGGAUGAGUUGGGAAAUGCGACUUCAUCUCGAGGAAAGUUCAGAGAGGACACAGUUGUCUGCAGAUUUGUCGGGUCGGCCAUCUUGGAUGACCCAGUGGCGGAAAAUGUUUGUCACCAUGGGUUAGUGGAUCCGACCAUUAAUUUAAAGGAGGCAAUGCAGGACAUAAACAGUAUGUUCGGGAAGCCGAUAGACUUUGUUCGGACUAAAAGAUCGAAAAAGAACGAGAGGCUGCCUCAAGAGAAAGGAGAUCGAGGUGGAUUCUUGAUUCUUCCUGAUGAUGAUAAUGAUGAUGUUGAUGAUGAACAUGAACAUGGUCAAUCUCAAGUGCUGCCAGAUUUGUCAACAAAAGCUCAAAACAAAGGAACUGUUGAGUUGUCGAUUCUCCCUGAUGAUGAGCUGGAACUAACUGGACGGAAGCUUCAGCCUGAAUCUUCGGGAAAAUCACGAGGAUCCGACUUGUUCGAGCCAACUUUAUACACAAAAGAGGCCAUGGACGAUAUAAAUAAAAUGUUUGGAAUGCCUUUGGACUUUUAGGGAUGUUUGGGGAGUUUCUUGUUUAUUUGUAUACCAUUCCUUUUGUUUAAUGUGCAAUUGAAUUGAUUGAGUUGUGCUGCUUGUUUACGGGCUUAUGUAUCUUUUCAGAUGCAUAAGCUUGUCAAGGUUACUGCAUGAGCUUCUCGAGGAGUUUAUGCUCUUCCAUCCUCUGUCAGUUUGUAACCUGUUCUAGCAUUCAAGUUUCUGCAUUUGCUUUUCAUUUAAUGAAGUGUUUUGUAUAAAA